AUGUCUCAAUAUCAUUAUGUGGUCACGGCACAAAAGCCAACCGCCGUUGUUGCCUGUGUUACCGGCAAUUUUACAUCGCCCACAGACUUGAACUUGAUUAUUGCCCGAAAUAGCCAAUUGGAAAUUGAUUUGGUUACACCGGAAGGUUUGAGACCCCUCAAGGAAGUGAAUAUCUAUGGGCAAAUUACGGUGAUGAAACAUUUUCGUCCUCAGGACAGCAAAAAGGAUUUAUUAUUCAUUCUCACACAUCGUUACAAUGUAAUGAUAUUGGAAUGCCGCAUGAUCGGCGAUCAAAUUAGUGUGGUGACCAAAGCACAUGGCAAUGUCGCCCAUCAAUAUAGUCUACCCACCGAUGGUGGAGUAAUGGCGGUCAUCGAUCCUAAAGCACGUGUUAUUGGUAUGUGUUUGUAUAUGGGUCUGUUUACCAUUAUACCCUUGGACAAGGAAACCAGUGAGCUGAAGGCAACAAAUUUAAGAAUGGAUGAACUGAAUGUCUACGAUGUGGAGUUUCUUUAUGGCUGCAUUAAUCCCACAAUAAUUGUCAUACACAAAGAUAAUGAUGGUCGUCAUGUUAAGACACAUGAAAUUAACUUGCGGGACAAGGAAUUUAUGAAAAUCGCAUGGAAGCAAGAUAAUGUGGAGACAGAGGCUACCAUGUUAAUACCAGUACCUACACCAUUGGGUGGAGCUAUUGUUAUUGGACGUGAAUCGAUUGUUUAUCAUGAUGGAAAUAGUUAUCUUGCUGUUGCUCCAUCAACAUUUAAGCAAAGUACCAUCAAUUGUUAUGCUCGUGUGGAUAGUAAAGGACAACGUUAUUUACUGGGCAAUAUGUAUGGACAAUUGUUUAUGUUGUUUUUGGAGACGGCCGAUAAUGGCAAAGGGUGUUCAUCUGUAAGGGAAAUUAAAGUGGAAUUAUUAGGUGAAAUAUCUACCCCUGAAUGUAUUACAUAUUUGGAUAAUGGGUUCCUUUUUAUCGGCUCCAAACAUGGUGAUUCACAACUUGUCCGAUUGAGUACCACACCCAAUGAAAAUGGCUCCUAUGUUAUACCAAUGGAGAAUUUCACAAAUUUGGCACCGAUCUUAGAUUUGGCUGUUGUCGAUUUAGAUCGUCAGGGUCAAGGACAAAUUAUAACAUGUUCGGGUACCUUCCAAGAUGGUUCACUGAGGAUUAUAAGAAUCGGCAUUGGCAUCCAGGAACAUGCUUGCAUUGAUUUGCCGGGCAUCAAGGGCAUGUGGUCUUUGAAAGUCGGCAUUGAUGAUAGUAACUAUGAAAAUACAUUGGUAUUGGCAUUUGUGGGACAUACACGUAUUCUAACAUUGACCGGUGAAGAGGUGGAGGAGACAGAUAUUGCCGGUUUCCUCAGCGAUCAGCAGACGUUCCAUUGUGCCAAUGUUGAUCAUGAUCAGAUCAUUCAAGUAACCCCCUUGACUGUACGCCUUAUUAAAAGUACCACCAAAAAUUUAGUCUAUGAAUGGGAACCACCGGCAGGCAAACGUAUUGGUGUUGUUAGUUGUAACACCCAACAAAUUGUUAUUGCCUCGGCACGAGAUGUCUACUAUUUGGAAAUUGAAGAUGAAAAAUUGGUACAGCGGGCCCAAAAAACAUUGGAAUAUGAAGUGGCUUGUUUGGAUAUAACACCUUUGGGUGAGGGUAAUACGCGUGCAAAUCUAUUGGCUGUUGGCCUCUGGACAGAUAUAUCAGCCGUGGUGUUAACCCUACCGGAUUUGGAGGUGUGUCACACCGAGAAAUUGGGCGGCGAAAUUAUACCACGUUCGAUUUUGAUGACAACAUUUGAGGGAAUACAUUAUUUACUUUGCGCCUUGGGUGAUGGUUCCAUGUUCUAUUUUAUAAUGAACGAUAAACGUGGCAGUUUGAGCGACAAGAAGCGAGUUACACUCGGCACCCAGCCCACAACAUUGAGAACAUUUAAAUCUUUCGCCACCACAAAUGUAUUUGCUUGUUCGGAUCGUCCCACUGUGAUCUAUUCGUCGAAUCAUAAGUUGGUCUUUUCAAAUGUCAAUCUCAAAGAAGUGAAUCAUAUGUGUUCCCUGAAUGCUCAAGCUUAUCCAGAUAGUUUGGCUUUGGCCACCAAGAAUUCGGUAAUAAUUGGAACAAUUGAUGAAAUUCAAAAGCUGCAUAUUCGCACGGUACCAUUGGGUGAGGGCCCACGACGUAUUGCCUAUCAGGAAAGUUCACAGACAUUUGCCGUGGCCACAAUGCGUAUCGAUGUCCAGGGUAGAGGUGGCCCUAAGCCAACAAAGGCCAGUGCAUCGACACAGGCACAAAAUAUCACAUACGCCUCGAAUAUUGUACCCAAACCCGGUGCGGGCAGUACCUCAACUACAAAUGCCGAAAUUGGUCAAGAAUUGGACAUCAGUAAUCUGUUGAUUAUCGAUCAGAACACCUUUGAAGUUUUACAUGCUCAUCAAUUUAUGCCGUCCGAAUCGAUUAUGUCCAUUAUGUCCGCCCAGUUGGGUGAUGAUCCAAAUUCGUAUUAUGUCGUCUCUACGGCAUUGUUAUAUGCCGAUGAACCGGAACCCAGUGUUGGUCGUAUCAUCAUAUUCCAUUAUCAUGAUGGCAAGUUGACGCAAGUGGCUGAAACGAAAAUUGAUGGUGGCUGUUAUUCGAUGGUGGAAUUUAAUGGCAAAGUUUUGGCUGGUAUCAAUAGCUUUGUUCGCCUCUACGAAUGGACUAACGAGAAGGAAUUGCGUAUGGAGUGUAAUAUACAAAAGAAUAUAACGGUGUUAUGUUUGAAGGCCAAAGGUGAUUUCAUUUUAAUUGGAGAUCUUAUGCGCUCCAUGACUUUGCUGCAGCACAAACAAAUGGAGGGCAUAUUCAUAGAUAUAGCCCGUGACAGUGAUCCCAAAUUUAUGAGAGCCAUUGAAAUAUUGGACGAUGAUACUUUCUUGGGUUCCGAGGAUAAUGGCAAUUUGUUUGUCCUGCAAAAGGAUAGUGCUGCCACAACGGAUGAAUUGCGCUCCGAACUGCCCGAAGUUGGUCGUUUCCAUUUGGGUGAUUAUGUAAAUGUGUUCCGCCACGACUCCCUGGUUAUGCAAAAUGUUGGCGAACGUACAACACCAAAUCAGGGGUGCGUACUAUAUGGCACCGUUAUGGGUGCCAUUGGUAUUGUUACCCAAAUACCACAAGACUUUUAUGAGUUCCUUCAUAGUUUGGAAGAUCGUUUGACAAAUGUCAUCAAGUCCGUGGGUAAAAUCGAUCAUUCGUAUUAUCGCAGCUAUCAGACGCCACAGAAAACUGAACCAUGUGAGGGUUUCAUUGAUGGUGAUUUAAUUGAAAGUUUUCUCGAUUUGAGUCGUGACAAAAUGAAGGAGUGUGUACAGGGUUUGGAGAUAACAAUGAAUGGCGAGAAAAAGGAGGCCGAUGUUGAUGAUGUCAUAAAAAUUGUUGAGGAUCUAACAAGAAUGCAUUAAAAACCAAU